UUUAAGUGGAUUUACGCGUCCCCUCCCGACGUCUUUCAGCCUUAAGCAUUUCGGGGCGAACUGAGAGCCUUUCAGCCUUUCCCGAGGACUGGCCGGGAAAGGGCCGGGCUGGGCGGGAGGACUUCCUGCGGCCAAGGGCGGCCGCGCUCGCAGAGACCAGAGCCGACCCAGACGGGACCCAACGUUGGUCGCCGGGCCGGCAGCGCUCACAGCCCGGAUCGACGGGCGUGCUCCCGGCCCGACCGGGAAAAGCCCCGGCGGAGGCCUGGGCUGAGGGCGACUUGGUCACGUGCGGCCGGGAGGGGCGUCCGAGGCCGGGAGUCUGCUGGAAUGUAGUAACUUGCAGGGGAAAGUUUCCCUUGGCGGCCGGUCCCGGGACCGGUGCGGGCGGGCGCGCAGAGGAAGGAAGAGCCUGGAGGAGGCGGAGCCGGAGAGCGGCUCGGGCGGGCGGUUCUCUCAACUUUAGUUUUGGCGUUUGAGGCGAGUUUCUGUCUCAGUCGGGCGCAGCCGCCGCCAGGGAAAAGAAAGGGAGGAAGGAAGGAACAAGAAAAGGAAAUAAAAGAGAAAGGGGGAGGGGAAAAGCAACAAGCUGUCUGGCAUCCGUCAAAGGAGUGAAGGAAAAAAGUUCUCAGGCGCCGCAGGUCCGGGUCUCUCGCAGCCCCUCCCGAGGCGCAGCCGCCAGACCAGUGGAGCCCGGGCGCAGGGCGGGGGCGGAGGCGCCGGGGCGGGGGAUGCGGGGCCGCGGCGCAGCCCCCCGGCCCUGAGAGCGAGGAGAGCGCCGCUCCCGCCGCCCAGCGCAGCCCGGCCCGCCGCCCUCGCCGCUUCUCCGGUCUCGGCCCGUCGAGCCGGGGCGCCCGGGCGGAGCCCUCGCCCGCCUGGUCGGGGUGCGCGUCGGGGGAGGCAGAAACCAUGGAUCCCGGGCAGCAGCCGCCGCCUCAGCCGGCCCCCCAGGGCCAAGGGCAGCCGUCCGCGCAGCCCCCCCAGGGGCAGGGCCCACCGUCCGGGCCCGGGCAGCCGGCACCCCCGGGGUCCCAAGCGGCGUCUCAGGCCCCCCCCGCCGGGCACCAGAUCGUGCACGUCCGAGGGGACUCGGAGACCGACCUGGAGGCGCUUUUCAACGCCGUCAUGAACCCCAAGACGGCCAACGUGCCCCAGACCGUGCCCAUGAGGCUCCGGAAGCUGCCUGACUCCUUCUUUAAGCCGCCGGAGCCCAAAUCCCACUCCCGACAGGCCAGUACUGAUGCAGGCACAGCAGGAGCCCUGACUCCACAGCACGUUCGAGCUCAUUCCUCUCCAGCUUCCCUGCAGCUGGGAGCUGUGUCUCCUGGGACACUGACCCCCACUGGAGUCGUCUCUGGCCCAGCAGCUACACCCACUGCUCAACACCUUCGACAGUCUUCUUUUGAAAUACCUGAUGACGUGCCUCUGCCAGCAGGCUGGGAGAUGGCGAAGACAUCUUCUGGUCAGAGAUACUUUUUAAAUCACAUUGAUCAGACAACAACAUGGCAGGACCCCAGGAAGGCCAUGCUCUCCCAGAUGAAUGUUCCAGCCCCCACCAGUCCACCCGUGCAGCAGAAUAUGAUGAACUCAGCCUCAGGUCCUCUUCCUGAUGGAUGGGAACAAGCCAUGACUCAGGAUGGAGAAAUUUACUAUAUAAACCAUAAGAACAAGACCACCUCUUGGCUAGACCCAAGGCUUGACCCUCGUUUUGGUAAAGCCAUGAACCAGAGAAUCAGUCAAAGUGCUCCAGUGAAACAGCCACCACCCCUGGCUCCCCAGAGCCCUCAGGGAGGAGUCAUGGGCGGUGGCAACUCCAACCAGCAGCAACAGAUGCGGCUGCAGCAACUGCAGAUGGAGAAAGAGAGACUGCGACUGAAGCAGCAAGAACUGCUUCGGCAGGUGAGGCCACAGGCAAUGCGGAAUAUCAAUCCCAGCACAGCAAAUUCUCCAAAAUGUCAGGAAUUAGCUCUCCGGAGCCAAUUACCGACACUGGAGCAGGACGGUGGGACUCAAAAUCCAGUAUCUUCUCCUGGGAUGUCUCAGGAAUUGAGAACAAUGACGACCAAUAGCUCAGAUCCCUUUCUGAACAGUGGCAACUAUCACUCUCGAGAUGAGAGUACAGACAGUGGACUAAGCAUGAGCAGCUACAGUGUCCCUCGAACCCCAGAUGACUUCUUGAACAGUGUUGAUGAAAUGGAUACAGGUGAUACUAUCAACCAAAGCACCCUACCCUCACAGCAGAAUCGUUUCCCAGACUACCUUGAAGCCAUUCCUGGGACAAAUGUGGACCUUGGAACACUGGAGGGAGAUGGAAUGAACAUAGAAGGAGAGGAGUUGAUGCCAAGUCUGCAGGAAGCUUUGAGUUCUGACAUCCUUAAUGACAUGGAGUCUGUUUUGGCUGCCACCAAACUCGACAAAGAAAGCUUUCUUACAUGGUUAUAGAGCCCUCAGGUAGACUGAAUUCUAAAUCUGUGAAGGAUCUAAGGAGAUAAGACACACAUACCAGAAAUUUCCAAAUAAGCCAGUUGCAAUCUUCUGGCUAAUACAGAAAAAGAUGAACAAACGUCCAGCAAGAUUCUUUCAUCCACUAUUUUGCUCUUCCUUGUCCGUUGCUGCUGUUAAUAUAUUGCUGACCUCUUUCAUAGUUGGCCCUAAAGAAUCAAAAACACAAAAAACAAACAAAAAAAAAAACUUUUUGUUUCUUUUGCUAUUAUAACUACUGUUUGUUUUGGGGGCUGGGGGAAGUGAGCCUGUUUGGAUGAUGGAUGCCAUUCCUUUUGCCCAGUUAGAUGUUCACCGAUCAGUGUAACUAAAUAGACUUGGAAGUCAGAUGCUUCAUGUCACAGCAUUUAGUUUGUUUAAGCAAUUGUUUCUUCAGCUGCCUUUGGCCAGUAGAAAAAACAUGACUUACUGGUCUGACAAGCCAAAAAUGUUGUAUCUGAUAUUAAGUACUUAAUGCUGAUUUGAAGAGAUAGCUGAAACCAAGGCUGAAGACUAUUUUACUUUUCAGUGUUUUUUUUUUUUUCCUCCUAGUGCUAUAUCAUUAGUCACAUAGUGACCUUGAUUUUAUCUUAGGAGCUUAUAAGGCAUGAGACAAUUUCCAUAGAAAUAUAUUAAUUAUUGCCACAUACUCUAGUAUAGGUUUUGGUGGGUUUUAUUGUGGGUUUGUUUUGUUUUGGUUGGUUGGGGUAUUUUUUUCCAGAAAUGAGGCAAAUUACCAUAGUAGUGAAUCUGUUUAUAGUUGUAGUUUGGGACCGUUAUUGUAGUUCCUUUGGUAAAAUCUACAUUUCCUGAUUUUUUUUUUUUUACCAUCUUAUUUAAAUCUUGAUUAUCUGCUCUCUCUAUAUAUACCCCCCCACACACUUAUAAUGUUUAUAUGGUAGUGUGAUAGCAGAAUGUACUUUUUUUUGUAGGUUUCCCUACUUUCCAGUUUAUUUUAAAAUGGUAGCUUUGAAUGUAUGCAUUUAGAAUACAUGAUUAGUAGUUUAUAUUUCACAGGUAGAUUAAAUCUGGUUGGGACAGUCUAUAGAUGUUUGCAGUAGUUUAGUGUUCUAGAAAAGGUUAUUGUUGAUGGAGUGCUGUAUGCCCUCUGGGCACACAAUAAAUAUUAUUUGAUGAAUUUGAAAGAAGCAAACAAGAAAUGGCUUUAUUUCCCCUUGUUACUCCCUUGGACUAAUUUUAAGUCUUGAUGGGAAAUCACUGAGUAGGUUCAUAAUGUACGUGACAGAAGUAAGCUUUAUGUGGUCGUUUACCUUCCCUUAGCUUCGGAAGUUUUACCUUCACCUUAGUUUUGGAAGUAAAUUCUAGGACUUUAGUUGUCAUUUGUAAUGAACACAUUAAAGACUACAUUGAAAUAUUGCCUUCAAGAUUGUUCUUACUUGUAAGACUUGCUCCUACUUCUAUAUGCUGAAAUUGACCCUGGACAGUAAAAUACUGUAAGGUCAUGAGUUAGCUGGUAAAGUGAUCAGAUUAAUAAAUGUAUAUUGGUAGUUGAAUUUAGCAAAGAAAUAGAGAUAAUCAUGAUUAUACUUUUAUUUUUACAGGAAGAGAUAUAACUAGAGUAUGUGUCUACAGGAGUAAUAAUGGUUCCAAAGAGUAUUUUUUAAAGGAAAAAAAUGAGCAUGAAUCAACUCUUCAGUAUAAGCUAUGAAGUAAUGGUUGGUUGGUUGUGAAUUACAGAGGCACCAGCAAGCACCUCUGAUUAAGGGUCUUUCAGUGUUUCUAGAGUAAGCCCUUAUUUUCAAGGGUUUAUAACAGACAUAAAGUCUCUUUUCCUGGCUAAAACUGCUAUGAAAAGCCUCAACUUGGGAAGAUAGUUUUGUUUUUUUCUGGUUACAAAAUCUAAGUAUUUUGACCCUUCAAUUCAGAGGAGUGCAAAAGUUUGGAAGUAAGAAGUUUUAUAUUAAGUAUUUUCAGUGCUCAAAAAAAAAAAUGCAGUCACUGUGUUGUAUAUAAUGAUCCAUAGGUCGAUCACUCAUAAUAAUUGACUCUAAGGCUUUUAUUAAGAAAACAGCACGAAGAUCAAAUCUUGAGUUAAGUCUGGGGGGAAAUGGCCACUGUGCAGAUGCAUUGAUAUUUUUUUUUUAGAGCAAUAAUGAAAUUCUACCUAGAAUGCAUAAUUGUGUAUAUGGAUGGUGCAGCAUGUUGGGGUUUUUUUAUGUGCAGAAGAUCAAAGCUACUUGGAAAGAGUGCCUACAAUUUGCCAGUAAGCCACAAAUUAAGAUCGUAUCUUAUAUAUCAGCAGAGUAGCUUUAGGUAAGGGAGAGGGUGGGAAGGGGGUGGGGGGUUGUGAAGACGUAGUGGGACUUUGAUAGAGAACUUUAUAACCUUCUUUUUCUUCAGUAAAGAUAUACCUUGCAUCUUGCUGUCAUUAAAGGCAGUUGUUCCUAAAAUUUCAAUCACUUACGUACACCCACAUAAUAAGAAUAUGGAGUUCUUUAUUUCCCCUCGACUUUAAUUUGCCCAGUUAUACCUCAAUAUUGUAGGAGCACUGUGGUACCUGAUAGACUCGGUGCUUUGAUCUUAUCAUACCCUCUGUACUGACCUGAAGGAGACCUAAGAGUUCUUUCUCUUUCUGAGUUUGAAUCACAGCCUCAACGUGGUCUUUCUUGUUUUAUGUCCGUGUUCCUAAUGUAAAAGUGUUUAACUGCUUCUUGGUUGUAUUGGGUAGCAUUGGGGUAAGAGUUUAACUGGGUAUUCUUGAAUUACUUUUACAAUAAACCAAUUUUAUAAUCUUUAAAUGUA